AUGUCCGAGGAAGCUCUCUGGAACAACUCCUUCUACUCCCUGCUGGCCCAUAUCUCCCAGUCCAGUCUGGCCAACCACAUCUCCACGCUACGCCGUUCUGUGGCUUUACCUCACCUGACGCUGUCGAAUUCCAUUGCCGCUGGAACUCUCGAUGGAGCUGCUGAAAAGGACGUGUUGAACCAGAGAACAUCCUUCAUGAGCGCUUCGCCUUCCAUGAAAGCCUUGGAGAGCAUCAUGAACGGAAAAGAGGCGCCCAAGGAGAACAUUCCGGAAUCCAUUCAGGAAGAAGAGGAACCCUCGCCUGUGCCACCCGCCUCGGUGUUCGACAAGCCCGCCUUCAACGCAAACUACACUUACAGCGGUCUGCGGGUGCUGCUCCAUAAACCUCCUCCAGACGCUUCCACGUCUACCUUCCACACGGCCAAAUCCACAGAAAGCGUAGACGCGUCUCCCGAGCGCCACCGCCACUCCUCCUCCAUCAGCACCAUUGGUGAGUCCGGAUACUCCAUGGGAACGCCCAAGUUGGACCCUCCAGCGUCUUUCUACACCGUCAAGAGACCCACAAAAGACUUCCUGCCACAGCUUCUAACUGUGCUGGGUCCCCGCAAAAACCUGGAGCUGGAUCAGGACACCACCGCUGUCGAGGAGCCCGACUACCUGACCUACCCAGCUCUCUCCGCCUCCACGGCUACCCUUCCACAGACAAAAGACUUGCCCCAGCCUCCACCGGAACAAAAAACAGCUCCAGCGCUGCCGGUUCCUCCCGUGAAAUCGCUUCUCCCUGCCGAGCCCGAGGCGCUCCAGCCGCCCUUCCAGCUCGCGGCUCAACCCGCCCAAACACCCGCAAAACCCAAAACAUCGGCCACAGCCACAGGACUGCCCAGACCAUCGCCAAAGAAGCUGGUUAGUGCAAACGCUGUGUCCAAGUUACUGUCCUCGGCGUUCGGUACCCCCAAGUCAUCCAUGUCCCUCCACAAUGACCUCAAGAGUGAAAGAUCGCCUAUCCGUAGCAGCACGAUGGGAGACAUCCACGCUGCUGCUGAGCGCAAGCCCGAGCCGGCCUCCAAGCGCUUUAGUUUCCGUGGACUCUUCAAGAAAAAGAGUUCCGAUCUGCCCAGCAAACCAGCUAAGCUCAAGGCGAAAUCCUUCUCGACCCCAUCCUUCUCUGCGCUACGCGAAGUAAAAGAGCCCAAAGAACCAAAGGAGCCAAAGGCGAAGAAGGUGAAGGAACCAAAGGACAAGACUAAAGAGCAUAAAGAGAAGACAAAAGAGCAAAAGGAGCCCACCAAGACUAAGAGGAAAGACAAGGAGAAGAAUUUGUUUGCAGGUUUCAAGAGAAAGAAGAGCGACGGCAACAUCGUAUCUCUUGCCGAACCCGAGCCUAAACCAUCAAAGACGCCUCAGACGCCAACUACUCCAGGAUCCUUCGCUGAGGUUGAUACUCCGGCAACAAACACUUUGGAGCCUGAGAAUGAUAGAAAGCCUGCGAACGGUAAUACAAUUCGUGAAGUCGACGACUCUGACUAUAAUUUCGAGUACUCCAAAAAUGGUGUGGAGGACGAUUCAGCCAAUAUCGCUGCUGACCCACCUCAAAGACACGCUCACGAGAACUUUGGUGAAGAAUUGGGUCUUGAGCCUACAGACAAUCUCAGGCUACCCGAGUACAAAUCCGAUGCCUCGUUUGGCCUGCCUUUGCUCAAGUACAGAUUCAAUGAGACUCCAGGAUCGAAGCCCCCACAGUCAAACCGCCUGAGUCUUAAUCCGCCUCGCAGUGACCAACUUCUUGGUGAAGCGUUGUUCCCCAAGCUGUUGAACCCACACGAGAUCGAAAGCAUUGUUUCUCUCGAGAGAUCCAGGUCCAUGCGUUCCAUCAAGUCCAAUGGCAAGAGAAGCUCUUACAUCAACUACAAUGGUUCUGACGAAAAUGUCAUCGUGUACAGCGGUGAGGCAGGUCAGAGCAGUCCCAGAUCAAUGAAGAGAGCCGGAAGUAUUUUGAAGAAUUCGCUGUCUAUGAGCAGCUUGAAUGGCGUUGUGCAUCUGAUCGACCAAGCAGUGGCCGACAAAUUGCCGAGCCCCGUGGAAGCACACGAAACUGAGGAGUUGGAAAAUCCCGGAUUGGGCCUUCUCCCCACCCUCGACUUUCAGAGCUUCAACCAGGACAAUUUUGCUGAGGGGUUCAUGAACAACGACUCCGAGAAUUUGCAAGAUUUUAUCGAGUUUUCUGACUUCAUUGAUGUCGACAAUCUUGAGUUUCCCUCUUCCCCGGUACAAGUCCUGUCGCCGCCACGCGAGCCAUCGCUUCCUUCCGUGGUUGAUCUGGGCGAGUUUACUUUUGGAUCUGACUUGCAGGAUCAAAAUAAGCAAGAGAGUGCGCCACAAGGAGACAAAAAUAUCCAAAGUGUCAUCAGCGAGCCUAAUGAGGAAACGAUUGUGACCCCCGCGGAACCCAUCGCAUCAAAAGAAAAUGGAUCCGUGAAUGAGCCAGACGAGGAAAAGCCUAUUCAGGAAACGCAGCAGCAGCUCGAGGAUGUCUCGGCUAAGAAUUCGCCCAAGCCCCAGGACGAGACGCAAGACAGCGAGCCCAGUCUAAUGAUCGUAGACGGUCCGUGCGAAAAUCCGACGAGCGUCAAACUGACGCCCAAAUUAGGUACCGCCGAUGACGCGAUUACGAAGCUGCCGAUUUUAGGAACAGCCUACCAAAUGGCCAUGAAUGAAGCGGUGGCCCGGGAGCUGCCAAGUAAUGUUGCCAGGCCCAUCUCCAUGUCGUUUAAGGGCUUCAAAGGACCCGCGAUAAGCAAACAGGCAAUUGCCAAGACUGGCUCACACCAGCUGCUAAAUAUGUACGAUUCCUCAAACGAGUCGUCUGCAGUGGGGCAAGGCUUUGGCCUGUCUGAUGACGAAUCCGACGAGGAUAUAUAUUCGUCCGAGGACGACCUGGAAAACGACAUUGGCCACGGUUUUUCAGUGAAGAAACCAGCGCAGGCGCCGGGUCUUAAAUCUACAGGGAACGCUGCCAAUAGAGGAGUGCCCUCACCCAAGAUGAUGGGGCUCCAACCGCCCACCGGGCCUUUUUACCAUGACCGCAUUCCAUCGCUUUCGGACCAGAGCGCUGCCUCGAGCCCUCGCUCCUUGACGUCCUUUAUUUCCAGAAUCAAAAAACUGCCCAUGGCAUCGCCCAAGGUUGCAUACAAACCAGGCGGUGUCCGUUUCUCCUCGAGAAUUAUACUUUACGAUACCUACAACGGGGAGGAAUACGAUCGCCACCCCGACAUUGCCACUUGCAACCAGUUGACGCCCUUGUUGGCGCAGCAGAUCCGUGAGGAACUCAACGAGAUCAAGAGCGAGAUGGAGGUCCACCAGGACUCCCAGUGCUACACGCAUUUCUUCUAA